AGAAUGGAUGAUGAUGUUGAUGAUGAUGGAGAUGAUACAUGAUGAUAUGCCAUACAUUCUGUUCAUCCUCGCAAGUCGCAUCCGUCUCUCUCUCUCUCUGGUGCCUCCCCAGCUCUCUCCUCUUCCGCUCUUUCCCAGUUUGUUCAAACCUUCCACGUCUAGGGUUUCCUUUUACUUCAUUAAACCCUUACCAUCUAAAGCCCUCAAUCUAAUCGACAAAACCCUAAGUUAAACUCUUCACUUUAUACAACAAUCUCGCCUCAUUUGGCUCACAUUUUCCCUAAAAUCAGCUUAUUGGUCUCUGUCUCUGUCUGCCUUUCUGAAAUCGCAAAACUUCGAGCUGCACAACAUUCAUGGCCAAGACCAAACCUGGAAAAAAGGACCUGGACUCUUACACCAUCAAGGGCACCACCAAAGUCGUUCGAACUGGUGAUUGUGUGUUAAUGCGACCAUCGGACUCCGAUAAGCCUCCAUAUGUGGCACGCGUGGAGAAGAUCGAAGCGGACCACCGCAACAACGUGAAGGUUCGGGUUCGAUGGUAUUAUCGACCUGAGGAGUCCAUCGGAGGGCGAAGACAGUUCCAUGGAGCCAAGGAGCUGUUUCUAUCAGACCACUAUGAUGUGCAGAGUGCACACACUAUAGAAGGGAAGUGUACGGUGCACUCCUUCAAGAACUACACUAAGCUUGAGAAUGUGGGAGCCGAGGAUUACUUCUGUAGGUUUGAGUACAAGGCUUCCACUGGAGGGUUCACACCAGACCGCGUGGCUGUGUAUUGUAAAUGUGAGAUGCCAUACAAUCCGGAUGACCUUAUGGUGCAGUGUGAGGGAUGCAAGGACUGGUUUCAUCCCUCUUGUAUGGGUAUGACCAUUGAAGAUGCAAAAAAGUUGGAGCACUUCUUGUGUUCUGACUGCUCAUCUGAUGAUGAUGCCAAAAGAUCCUUGAAUACAUUCCCAGUAUCACCAUCUGUUGAGGCUAAGGUGGAGCCAAAGCGCAGGAAGAGAUGACCUAUUGAUUGGGAUGCUUAGCGAGGAGGUAUCCAACUUCUUUGGCAUUAGCUCCAGUGUUGUGUGUUGUGGAAAUGUACAGUGCAGAGAAGAUACUGUGCUUGCACAAUCCAAAGGCUUUUUUUAGUUUUAUCAAUGUUUGUAUGUGUGCUAGACCUAGGCAAUGACUUUGAGAUCUGUGUUGUCCUUGCAAGACAUUAAAAUCAUAUUUAAGCACAGAAAACAUGAGAACACACCAAACCAAAGAUGUAGGAGGAACCUUGGAUUUGUUGUGAUGUGUUUAUUGCUGGCAUUACUUAGUAUGCAUGCAAUGGCAACUGAUUUAGUUUUUUUUA